CAACUGCAAUCAGGAUCACUCAUCAUAGCGUUUCCUAUAUAUAUAUAUAUAUCACUGCUCUUGUUUCUAGAUUUUCACGUUAUCUCUGGCUAAGCCAACACCGUUUGGGAUUCGAGUAGAUCGAUCAAGCAGCGCUUUGAAGUCUAAUUGCUUCCUAUUUUGAGCUCUGCAACUUAUUUUCUGAUUAUCUCCUCUCCUUUUCUCGUCAUUAGAGUGUUUGGAUUAUGAAAGUUGUGGCGUCUGCAUUUGUUUUUAUUGUGUGGUCAAAGAACAAGGAGUUUCCAGGGUAAUAGAACUGUUCCAUCUUGUGUAUUUGUAUGGCAUCCCUAUUGUCUUAUAGCUGAUGAAACAUUUUGGACAGUCACUAUCUUUUAUUGAACUGAAACCUUUUCGGCAUUAUGCAUGUCUGGCUCUCUGGCCAUUGUUGAUGACGUCGGAGGAGCACUUUCUUUCUCAGAAAGGACAAAAUCUCUUGAUGCCAUUUCCUUGAAUGACAAAGACCACUUAACCACACUGAGCAAUGGGGAAGUUGCUCGUACUUCUUCUGAAACCACUGGCUUUAGAGUUGGAGAGCUUUUACUGUCUAAUGGGGAAUCUUUUUCUGGGUCAUUGCUUGGCAACUUACCUGAGGGUUCAGGGACGUAUGUGUGGUCAGAUGGUUGCAAAUAUGAGGGUGAAUGGAGACGGGGGAUGAGGCAUGGAUGUGGCAAACUUCAAUGGCCUUCUGGAGCAGUUUAUGAUGGUGAAUUUUCAGGUGGUUAUAUUCAAGGUACAGGGACAUAUAUCAGGCCUGAUAAUAUGACAUAUAAGGGACGAUGGAGGUUGAAUCUCAAACAUGGGCUAGGAUAUCAAGUUUAUCCUAAUGGGGAUGUCUUUGAAGGAUCUUGGAUUCAGGGAACCCCAGAAGGGCCUGGUAAGUAUACCUGGGCUAAUGGAAAUGUUUAUUUGGGAAAUAUGAAAGGAGGAAAAAUGUCAGGGAAAGGAACUCUUACUUGGACCACCGGGGACUCAUAUGAAGGAAGUUGGUUAAAUGGCAUGAUGCAUGGAUUUGGAAUAUAUACAUGGAAUGAUGGUGGCUGCUAUGUUGGAACUUGGACACGGGGUUUGAAGGAUGGAAAAGGUGCAUUUUAUCCAAAUGGAAGCAGGAUCCCAGCUGUACAAGAAGUGUACCUUAAUGCCCUCAGAAAACGAGGGCUGCUGCCAGAUUUAAGAAGGCAUAAUCAAGUUUCACAUAUUCAUCGUGCUUCUUCAGUUGAUAUGGGAAAUGUCAAGGUUGGUGGGAACCCACGUUCUCAUCGUAAUUCAACUGAUAAGCUCUCCAACGGGAACCUGUUGAAUCUGGAGCGGUCUCGCACCACAAAUGUUUCCCUAGAAAGACGCUGGAGUCUUGAGGUAUCUAUUGAAAAAGUAAUUGGACAUGAUGUAUCAAUGGGUUCAUCUGAGACUUUUUUUAAAGGCGAAGAAAAUGAGGCCAAAGCAAAUGCUCCAAUUCUGGAACGAGAAUAUAUGCAAGGUGUUUUAAUUAGUGAGCUUGUGUUAGAUAAUAGUUUUUCGUCUAAAAGAGCAAAAAGGCUGCAAAAGAAACUUGCAAAGGAGGUAAAUAGGCCUGGUGAAGCUAUCAUUAAAGGUCACAGGAGUUAUGAUUUAAUGCUCAGUUUGCAGCUUGGAAUCAGAUAUACUGUGGGGAAAAUUACACCCAUACAAAGGCGGGAAGUACGAGCUUCAGAUUUUGGCCCGCGAGCCAGCUUUUGGAUGAAUUUUCCUAAAGAAGGGUCUCAAUUGACUCCGCCUCAUCAGUCAGAGGAUUUUAAGUGGAAAGAUUACUGUCCAAUGGUUUUCAGGAAUUUGAGGGAGAUGUUUAAGAUUGAUGCUGCUGAUUACAUGAUGUCCAUUUGUGGAAAUGAUGCUCUUAGGGAACUUUCUUCCCCUGGGAAAAGUGGUAGUGUGUUUUUUCUAUCUCAAGAUGAUCGUUUCAUGAUUAAGACACUUAAAAAAUCUGAAGUAAAGGUUCUUUUGCGGAUGCUUCCAGACUAUCACCUUCACGUUCGGACAUACGAGAACACACUCAUUACUAAAUUUUUUGGUCUUCACAGGAUCAAACCUUCUAGUGGCCAAAAGUUUCGCUUUGUAGUAAUGGGAAAUAUGUUCUGCACGGAAUUAAGGAUCCAUCGCAGAUUUGAUUUGAAAGGUUCCUCCCUAGGGCGUUCUGCCGACAAGGUUAAAAUUGACGAGAACACAAUACUUAAAGAUCUGGAUCUAAACUAUUGCUUUUAUCUAGAACCGUCUUGGCGAGAGGCUCUAUUAAAGCAGAUUGAAAUUGAUAGCAAGUUCUUGGAAGCACAGAACAUUAUGGAUUACAGCCUUUUGCUUGGUGUUCAUUAUCGAGCCCCCAAACACCUUCGACCUCUCAUUUCUUACGGUGGAAGUUUCAGAGCAGAUGGAUUGGGAAUUGUUGCAGAAGAAGAGACUGUGGAGGAUGAAAUCUCAAAUUACCCAGAAGGCCUUGUUUUGGUCCCCCGUGGAGCUGAUGAUAAUAGUGUUGUUGUGGGUCCUCAUAUCAGAGGUAGUCGGUUGAGAGCAUCAUCUGCUACUGGUGAUGAGGAAGUGGAUCUCCUUCUUCCUGGUACAGCAAGAUUCCAAAUUCAGCUCGGAGUGAACAUGCCAGCAAGAGCAGAGCAUAUUCCAGUGGAAGAGGAAACAGAGAUGUUUCAUCAGGUAUAUGACGUUGUAUUAUACCUGGGUAUAAUUGACAUAUUGCAGGAGUACAACAUGACUAAGAAGAUUGAGCAUGCAUACAAAUCUAUUCAAUUUGAUUCACUGUCCAUCUCUGCCGUGGACCCUAUAUUUUACUCCAAGCGCUUCUUAGAAUUUAUUCGGAAAGUGUUCCCUCCAAAUGUUAUAGCAGGUUAGAAGGAUGCCAUAUUCAAAUUCUCUUUUCCUUCCGGUGAGAGUUUCCCUUUUGCCAAGGCUGCAAUUUUCUUGGUUUUGGAACAGGCAACUGAGUUUCUUAUACCAUGUUUACUAAGUGAGAGGAGACAUCUCACGUUGUAUGUAUUAUGAAGUACACAGUUAGCUUUAGCUAUUGGGGCCAAUGAAAAAAAUGCUCAGGCUAAUAAUAUUUUUUCCCCGAGUUAUUGUUUAGCUUUAUGGCAAUAUGUUCAUGCAGUUUGAUUUUAAGUUCUUUUA